GUUGAUUUACUAACUACUUUGAUUUUAGCACACGGAUGGAACACAUGAUACGGGUGCAAAUACUUCUAGUGCACAGCGACGUGCUAGAGUGCCUCCACCUCCGCAUUCCGACAAUGGUGGUCGACAAUCCCGGGUUAACGCUAGACCGUUUAGACCACCACGCAAUGAAGCACGGCUGGCUUCGUCAAGUGACAUUCGGGACGCUGGAACUCCUGCGACAAAUAAAAAGCGUCUGGAUUUACAUGAAGUUGUGGAUGACCAUUCAGAAGAUGAAGACUAUGACCCGGAUAUGGAUGAGGUCGAGUCGUUCGAUGACCAUGUGGACGAUUUAUUUGCUGCACGUGAAGUUGAACGCCAAGGCAAUGCCAACGGCAAAAAAAAGGACACCGAUUAUUGGGUUGUUGAUGUCAUAGGUAUUUUGUUGAUGCUAGUUUCUUAGAAAGUGUAAUUACUCUUCUCCGUGCAUUCUAAUUCGCUGAGUAAACUAACAUUUAAAGUUCAUUCCCUAUGUUAGAAAAUGGUGUGACUUAUUGUAUGGAGCUGACUGUUAAGGAGGCAUUAGCAAUUCCUCCUGGAAAGAAGAUCGUGCUAAACCAUAACAGAGAGUUGCAACAAGUUGGUCAGGCAGCGGGCCUAUUGAGCGGGUUCUUGGGGACAUUGGCGUCUGAUUUUCAACAAUUACCAAUUUCUGAAAAAAGUUGGAAGACAAUGAGCAAGGCUUCCAAGGAGCAUGCCUUUGACCAGUUUAAGCGAGUCUUCCACUAUGAAGACGAUGGAAGAGGGAUCAUAAAGCGGGGAAUUGUAAAAAGAAUAGGAAGUUCUUGGAGGAACACAAGAAAUCAUUUGUUCCAUAAGGUUUAUGACGAAGAACUGACUUUUGCGGAAAACCUCAAGCGUAAGCCAGCAAAGUUUCUUGAAUAUCGGUUGGAUGAGGACACACAGUGGAAAAACUACUACCAAAAAGUUUGUCACCUUAUCCUUUUUUGUGUUUCCUGA